AUGGAGGAUUGUUUCAUGUUCACUCCGAUUAAACAAACGGAGCACAAAAGUCGUAUAACAAAGGAGGUUCCGGCAAUGUUAGAGAAGUUUUCUGAUCAAGAAGAGUUUCCAUUCCCAAAAGUUAUAAGAAUAUCAAUGACCGAUCCCUAUGCAACUGAUUCUUCAGAAGAUGAAGAUGACCACAUUUUUGAACGGUGGCGUGUAAAGAAGUAUGUUAAUGAAAUUAACAUACAACCUUCAAGCAAAGCUAGAAUGAUGCCUGUAAAUGCCAAUAUGACGACAACCAGAAACAGCCCAUGUGCCGCAGAUUUGAAGCAGAGAACUAUCAAGAAGAAGAAAACUCCAGAGGAUAAUGUUAGGAAGUUCAGAGGAGUACAGAAAAGACGUUGGGGUAUAUGGGCAGCGGAGAUUAUGGAUCUGGUUACACGCCAGCGGCUGUGGUUGGGAACAUAUGAUACGUCGGAGGAAGCUGCCAUGGUAUAUGAUAAUGCUGCCAUCAAACUCCGUGGUGCUGGUGCUACUACAAAUUUUGUUUUGCCAACGGCUAUAGAAAAACCACCGCCGACGAAUAUUACAUCAAUGUCCAACCAUCAUCCCAAACAAAAGUCACUGAAGCUUCCACUUGCAGAUGCACCACCUUCGGAUUAUCAAUCUUUUGAUUCAAUACAACUUGAUGAUGAAGUUGCAUCCUUUGACAUGCAUCAUGAAUUCAGGUCUAUAAACCCCAAACAAUUUGAUGAUUUUGGUAUAACCCCUAUAGCUCUUGGGUUCAUUUCUGAGACUGGAUGUGGAUCUCCCUCAACUUUAAAAAUARAUAACUACUUCGAAGAUAUUUCAGACAAUACUUUAGAAUCAUGGUUUUCCUAA